CCCGAAGGUACCCCAUAAACAAGGUGAGCAGUUUUACUAGACUCCCAGAAAAGUAGUAUUAAUAGUAGAGGUAAAACGAGAACUUCAUAACUAAUCACGUGAUGUGUACGUGCAGAGAUUUUUGAAGGGUUUAAGCACUUUCUCCUAUACUUCAAAGACUCUUCACUCAACCGACUUUCAUAGCUUUCAUUCUACUCCCAUGGCUAUGGCUGUACCAUAAUCAUCAUCAAACACACACACCCUCAACACCCAACGCCCUCCAAAAUCCAAACCCGAAACCAGCAAAAUGAAAUCCCUUUUUCCAAGACCCAUUUUCACAAUAUUACUCUUCACUAAUACUUCAAAAUCAAGAACCUUUUUUCAAAUCUCCCAUUUCAGUACAAAUUUUCAAAAUCAAGUUCAGUUUUCGUACCCGAGUCGGCGGCACGAAGAAGAGAUCCGUAAUGUGAAGGUAUCAGUAUGGUGGGAUUUUGAGAAUUGUGCUCCUCCAGCUGGUGUUAAUGUUUUCAAGAUUGCACAGAGUAUUACUGCUGCUAUUAGAGCUAAUGGAAUUAAGGGUCCUAUACAGAUAACUGCUUUUGGUGAUGUAAUGCAGCUGUCUAGGAUUAAUCAAGAAGCGCUUUCUUCUACGGGGAUUAAUCUUGCUCAUAUUCCUAAUGGUGGAAAGAACAGUGCUGACAGAUCUCUCCUUGUUGAUCUGAUGUAUUGGGUUUCUCAAAAUCCUCCACCAGCACACCUCUUACUUAUUUCAGGUGACAGGGAUUUUGCUGGAGUAUUACACAGGCUAAGAAUGAACAACUACAACAUUCUGCUAGCCAGUCCAGAAAGUGCUCCCAGUGUUCUUUGCAGUGCAGCUAGUAUCAUGUGGCAAUGGAAUGCGUUACUGAAGGGUGAAAACCUUACAGGAAAGCAUUUUAACCAGCCUCCAGAUGGUCCUUAUGGUUCUUGGUAUGGCCACUACAAAGCACCUCUUGAUGACCCUUUUGCAGUUACGGGACAACCCACAAAUCUUCGCACUAAGGAAGUGUCCGAAGCUGUUUCGGAACAACAAUUGCGGCCCAUUCCGAAGUCGAUAGGGAGGCAUAUCCGCAAUUUCUUAAAUUUGUACCCCAAAGGAGUUUCUAUUACAGCACUUCGCGCAGAAUUAGUAAGAAGUAAUUUGAAUAUAGACAGAGAUUAUUAUGGAUAUAAGAAGUUCUCUCGUUUUCUUUUAGCCAUGCCAAAUGUUUUAAAGCUCCACUGUGGAAGUGAUGGGAAUUGUUUGGUACGGAGGGUCAAUCCUAAAGUUCCUGAACAAAGUGACAAUUCAGGCAUAAAUGCAGAGCCUGAAACUAAUGGAGAGGCAGAAUUUGGUGGGACAAGCAAUUGUAUGGAGGACAAGUCUGAGAAGCCAUUGCUACCUCAAUCAUCUGAACAAAAAGUGACAACAUCUUUAAGAAAAUUGCAGGGACCCCAGAGAGUACAAGAGGUAUCUACAGAAGUUAACCAGUCCCCACCUGAGAAUGUGGUUGCUAAAGCAAGUGAGGGUCAAUUGCAGACUGCAGAGCAGCAUGGUUCUGCAACUGAAAUGGCCUUUUUAAAAAGGUUUUGGAAAAGGUGGUUUGGGAACAAGGAGACUGCUUCAGGGGAAAUGAUCUCAAAUGUAAAUUCAAAAACUGCAGAAAAAGAUGUAGAAUUAAAGAGUAAUUCUGAGCAAUCGGAGGGUUCCCCUUCUUUUGCUUCUGGUAAAGACACCAGUUCAAAAGAUUUAUCCCAUAAGCAUUCGGAGGACACAGUACAGAAGCGUAGCCAGGAGUCCAACCUUCUUAACCAGAUUAAGAACUGGUGUAGAUCUUGGAGAAGCUCCAAUAUCUCGGAUGAAUCAGGCUUCAAAUCCCACGAAGAAUCCAAGAAGUUAGAACUUUGUCCUGGGACAGAGGAACUAUUUUCAAGGGAAUCCUUUUGUAGAGAAUUCGGAUCAUUCUUACUUUCAAGCCAUGGUUCCGUGCUUGUCUUGCAAUCAAGAACUAGGGCCAAGAUGGCACAGAAUCUCCGACAAGAAGGUCCUUCGUUUCUAAGUUCUCUUAGUGAAGAUGAUGCUCUUUUGCUGGUAGACUUGCUAAUCUCAGAUAAGAAAUGGGUGGACGAAUGUCUUUCCCGAACCUUCCCUUACAAACUCUCUCAGCAAGCUAUCAGAGCUUCAAUGAAAAGUAAUUCUUCCAAUUUGAAUGGGUUGAGUUCUGUGUUUAGGAAUACAAAGGAUACAUCUAAUUUGCAAAGCUCACAGAAACUUGAUGGCAAGAGAAGACACCAAAACCCCCCUCACACUGGAGUUUCUCGGCCGGUCAUUCAGGACAGUUGUUCCGGUGAGUCUAGAAAUGAGGUGCUUAUUGACUGUCAGAAGCUGGUGGAUGACAUUGUAAAGCAAUAUCCAGAAGGAUUCAGCAUCAAAUUGUUCAGGUCUCUAUUCCAAGAAAGGUAUGGUUACUUGCUGGAUGUAAAUAAGCUUGGCUACACGAAGUUAAGUAAUCUUCUUCAGAUAAUGCCUGGGAUAAAAAUAGAGUCUACUUAUAUUCUUCCCUCUAUUAAAGUCCCAAAAAGUCCAGGUCUAAAAACAGACGACCCGUCUGAUCAAGAAAGUGGUCUCAGUGGCACUGAAACCAAUUUAGAUAGCGAAUCAUCGAGUUUGCCUGGGAAAGAGAACGACUUUGAUUCCCGUUGGGAGGAACUUGGUCCAGUGGCUAAGUCAGGCCCCUCCGAGAAUAUAAUAAAAUUGGAGUCUGAUGGAGAAGCCAAAGAUGAAUCAAGUGAAUUAACACAUGGCAACUAUGAAGCCCCAUUGGAUCGUGAUUUCUCUGAUUCCGAUGAGGACACCUCAUCUUCCAAAAAACCGGACAAUGAGAAGUCGAAAGUGAAGGAUGAAAAUAGCUCAUUGUUACAGAUUCUUGAUUCAUGGUACGGUAGAAAGGAUGGCUCAGAAAAUGUUGAUGGCAUGGUAGAAUCUCCGACUGAUGGUUCAAAAUUACUAGAUACUUCUUUAUCAGUUGACCAAAUGGAGAAGCCUCCCACUGGGAGAAGACAGAAGACUUAUUCAUUUGUGACAGAUCAACCCGGGGACACCAAGGAUAAGUUUAUUGAUGAUAUAUUGGGUAACCUAAAGAAGUCAGGUGCGAGGUCAAUUGAGACGAGGGUGUAGGUCUGAUUGUUGUGAAUACCAUUGGUGGUCUGGCUUAGGGCAGCCUGGUACACUAAAACUUUCGCUAUGCACGGGGUCCGUUGAAGGGCCGGACCACAAGGGUCUAUUAUAUGCCGUAUUACAUUACAUCAAUUUAUAGGAUAGGUAGUUAGCAAAUAGCACACAUAUUGUGCCACGCAUUGCUAUCAUUUUGUUAUUUAUCUUGGAUUCUAAUAGGCUAGUACAUCAGUGAAUUUUAGAGUAGAGAGGUUUUUGUUCUUCUCUACUCCUAUUUACUAUGUUUUGUUAGGUCUUGCAUUGGUGAUACCACUAUUAGAUUCACAUAUUGCUAGUGUUGGAUUUUUAUGUUACCAACACCAUUAAGGAUAAUUUGAUAAGAUGCUAAAAAAUAGUAGUUGCAUAACUUAUCCCA